AUUUGGGCUCUUCCACCCCUAGAGGCAACUUCACGUACGUACACAUGACGCACGGUGGGACACAGGUUUACGUCAGGACGUCAUAGCGCGACACCUCCCCCUCCUCCCCCCUCAGUCUAGCUGGGAAGAAAAAAAAAACUUUUUUUUUUUUGUAUCGGAGGAAUCAACAGCCGCCAUCUUGACGCGGCUCAGAAUCGGGAUUUCGGGGGGAGCAUUAAUUUUAAAAACCGAUCGGAGCCACUCAGACCGGGCUCAAACGGCUUUUUUCGUGCAGAAAAUCGAAGAGUUAGUCCUUCCGAUGAGAAUUAAUGCAAACAUGUGAGGAUUACAUGGGUUUUUAUCGUCUCGAAAGCCCACUGUAUAUUUGAUUUCCCUUUUAGAGAGCGCCGCUUCUCGCCGUAUCUCCGUCCCGAGACGCUGUAUUUACCGAGAGACAGCGACGACAAAAAUAAUCCACCUCAUAGAAAAUAUUUCUUGAAUUUUGUUCUUUUUAUUUAAGCCCGAGAUAGAUUUUAUGGCUGCUCGUUUCGACUGCGAAAAAAAUGAUUCUGUACAGACGUGAAAGCGGCGAUCUGCGGAGAAAGGGAUUCGCUUACGCCUUGUGUAUUAUUUUAUGAUUGAUUUUUAUUUAUUUUUCUCCAACUGAAAUAAUUUUUGGACGUAAUUAUUGAGGAUAAUUAUGUGGGUGUUGGGUGUUGGAUUAUCAUGGGGUGAUCUUCGGCGGCGAAGCGUGGCGCUGUUGCCUUUCUUUUGAAACCUUUUUCUCCAGGCAGCAUUUCGCCAGUCUGCCAGUCAAGAAGAGGAAAAAAAACUGUUAAAUUGCUCCUUUUUUACGCUUCACCGUCGGAAAAGUUACCAGUUAUUACGAACCAGAGGCCGACAAGUUUUACUGAUCCUGCUGUUAUUUUCCUGCAUCAUCAUCCAUUCAUAAAAUCUGCCGACCAGGAUGGCUGACAAUCUGCUGGAUGUCGGACCCCCCACUGCAAAGCGACCCAAGCUUAAUUCACCUCUUUCAGUGUCAGAUGGCCCAGAUCUUGUGUCUCUGUUUGACCUGGAAAACGACCUUCCAGAUGAGCUCAUCCCCAAUGGAGACUUGGGAAUGGGGAUGUCCUCGAACGGCGGUCCAGGUGGAGGGGGUCCUGGUCUCAACUCCAUUGUUCCUGAUGCAGCUGCCAAACACAAGCAGCUGUCUGAGCUCCUGCGACCAGGAAGCUCCUCCAUCUUGGGAGGCGGCCUCAACUCCAGCCCCCAACAGGGAGGCAUGGUGGGAAGCCAGCUAGGUGCUGUGCUCGGUAAAAGUCCACUCGGACAGGGCUCUCCUAAUCACCAGUCUCCCCAGGCCCAGAAAGGAGGUGCAGCUGUUGGACAAGGCAAUGGAAGCGCGGGCAUGGGCUUCAACCAAGCCAUGUUGAACAGUGGGCAGGGUCAUGGGGUCAUGGGCCAGACUGGACAAGUUAUGAAUGGAGCUCUGGGACCAGCAGGCCGGGGUAGACCUGGCAUGCAGUACCAGGGCCAAGGCAUGCAGGGGGCACAAGUGGGUGCUGGACCUGGUGUUGGAGGCAGCGUGCUGGCCGAGACGCUCACCCAAGGAGGGCCACAGAUGGGGGCACACAACGCGUUGAAUGCUCAGCAAGCUGGAAACAUGAAUAAGAUGGGGAUGUCAGGAGCUCCAUUUGGCCAGCAGUAUGGUCAGGCUGGGGUGCAGCAGAUGGGGGCAGCGGGGGUCAACGCCCAACAGCUCCAGAACAAGACAGCUCUUUCCAACAACCUGCCCCAAUUCCCGGCUGAGCUGAAGGGAGCUGGCAGUGUGCCAAACAUGUCCCAGAUGCAGCAGCAGGUAGCGUCGGUGGGCAUGGUCCCUGGAGCUGGCGGUGUGUCGGCGGGCCCAACGGCCGACCCCGAGAAGCGCAAACUCAUUCAGCAGCAGCUGGUCCUGUUGCUUCACGCACACAAGUGCCAGCGGCGGGAGCAGGCCAACGGGGAGGUGAGGGCCUGCACUCUGCCCCAUUGCCGCACCAUGAAGAACGUCCUCAACCACAUGACCCACUGCCAGGCCGGCAAAUCCUGCCAGGUGGCUCACUGUGCAUCCUCCAGGCAGAUCAUCUCUCACUGGAAGAACUGUACGCGGCACGACUGUCCGGUGUGUCUGCCCCUGAAGAAUGCGAGUGACAAGAGGAACCAGCAACCCAUGCUAAGUUCUCCCGGGGCGAGCCUGCAGAACGCCAUCAGCACAGUGGGGCCCGGCCAGCCCAGUGCCACAGCCAUCAACAGCGCUGCCACACACAUCGACCCUAGCUCCAUGCAGAGGGCCUACGCGGCCCUCGGCCUGCCGUAUGGGAACCAGUCCCCCGCCCAGGUCCAGGGGCAGGGUCCUUCUCAGCAAAACCCCCAGGGCCCCCAGCACCAGCAGCUGCGAAAUCUGAACCCACUAGGCACUAAUCAGAUGAACCAGAUGGCAGGAGGCAUGGGCGUCCCCUCUUCAGACCAGGCCGGCAUGCACUCUGACUCCUCUCUACCAUCUUCACUCAACAGUCAGCUGAUGCCAGAUGGGUCAGUAGCAGGAGGGAUGGGAAACCUGCCCACUGCCACUCCUCUCUCUACUUCGGGGGUGAGGAAGGCCUGGCAUGAACACGUCACUCAGGACCUGCGCACUCACCUGGUGCAUAAACUUGUACAAGCCAUAUUCCCCACCCCAGACCCCGCAGCACUGAAGGACCGGCGAAUGGAGAACCUGGUGGCGUAUGCGCGCAAGGUUGAGGGUGACAUGUAUGAGUCAGCGAACAGCAGGGAUGAGUAUUACCACUUCCUGGCAGAGAAAAUCUACAAAAUUCAGAAGGAAUUGGAGGAGAAGAGGCGCUCACGGCUCCAGAAACAGCCUGGCAUGGUGGGCACGGCUGGGCCUCCCCAACCUGGAAUGGCUCAGCCCAACGCCAUGGGCCCAGGACAGGCCGUCCGAUCUCCCAAUGGACCUGUGCCUAUGCCCAACAUGCCAAAUCAGAUGAUGAACCGUAUGCAGGUGCCCCAAGGAAUCAAUCAGUUUAACCCAAUGGCAAUGCAGAAUGCGCAGAUGUCUCAGGCACCCAUGGGAGCACGUGCUCCCUCCCCCAUGAACCAUCCACAGCAGAUGAACAUUGGCUCCGUCCCAGCGAUGGGUAUGUCCCCGUCAAGGAUGCCUCAGACUCAAGGAAUGAUGGGUAGCCAUGCUAAUAACAUGGUAUCUCAGCCAGCCAACCAGAGCCAGUUCCUGCCACAGGGCCAGUUCAAUGCCGCUGCAGGUGGAGCAAUGAAUGUGAAUGUAGGCAUGGGCCAGCCCAUAACACAGGCGGCUGUCACACAGCAGCCACAGAACUCUAACCUCCCUCUGAAUGCGCUGGGAUCCCUCAGCUCCCAGUUGCCCUGUGGCCCUUCAGCUCAGCCCACCCUGGGCGCCACCCCUCCACCCAAUGCCUCUGCCAGCCUGCAGCCUCAGCAGCAACAGCAGCAGCAGCUGCAACAGCAUCAUGCUUCUGCACAGGCACAGGUGCCACCUCGACCCUCUACCCCCGCCUCCACAGGUGGGCCCUCCUCCACCCCAACCCACAUACCCAGUAGCCUCCCCGGGCCCCCCUCAGCCAUGGGCACACCUGACCCCUCGCAGCCGCUUACACCCUUGCAGCCGCAGACAGAACCCCCCAGCCAGAUGCAGCAGCCCACCUCAGUGCAGGCACAGCACCCCAGCACACCGUUGUCCCAGGCAGCAGCGAGUAUCGAUAACAGAGUGCCCACCCCGGCCUCUGUGGCUGAGCUGAGCUCCCAGCAGGCCCUGCCCGACAUGAGCAGCACUGAAGCCAAACCUGAAGUAAAGGACGAAGAAGAUGACAGCAACUCUGGAAAGAAGCAGCCAGAUAUUAAAAUGGAGCAGGACGACGAAACCAAACCGCCGCUGGUGAAGAAGGAGGAGCCAGAUGCAGCAGAGCCAAAGCAGGAACCGAUGGAAACUGAGGAGAAGAAGCCGGAGAUGAAGACAGAACCCAAAGAAGAGGAGGAAAGUGGGGCCAACGGCACGUCAGCAGCCUCCGCAACUCAGAACCGCAAGAAAAUUUUCAAGCCAGAGGAGCUGAGACAAGCCCUAAUGCCGACACUUGAGGCCCUCUACAGGCAAGACCCAGAGUCACUGCCCUUCAGACAACCUGUAGACCCCACGCUGCUCGGCAUCCCAGACUACUUCGACAUUGUGAAGAACCCCAUCGACUUAUCUACCAUAAAGCGCAAGCUGGACACGGGUCAGUACCAGGAGCCGUGGCAGUAUGUGGAAGACGUGUGGCUCAUGUUCAACAAUGCCUGGCUGUACAACCGUAAAACAUCCCGUGUCUACAAAUACUGCACCAAACUGGCAGAAGUGUUUGAAGCAGAGAUUGAUCCCGUCAUGCAGGGCCUGGGCUACUGCUGCGGCAGGAAGUACGAGUUCUCGCCCCAGACGCUGUGUUGCUACGGCAAGCAGUUGUGCACCAUUUCCAGGGAUGGCACCUACUACAGCUACCAGAACAGUUCACCCAAAUAUGGCCUUAUUGCCGACAGGUAUCACUUCUGUGAGAAGUGCUUCAAUGAGAUCCAGGGCAACAGUGUGACCCUGGGGGACGACCCGGCACAGCCACAGACCAUGAUAUCAAAAGAGCAGUUUGAGAAGAAGAAAAAUGACAUGUUGGACCCUGAGCCGUUUGUUGAAUGUAAAGACUGUGGACGAAAGAUGCAUCAGAUCUGCGUGCUGCACUAUGAUGUCAUUUGGCCAUCAGGCUUUAUCUGUGACAACUGUCUGAAAAAGUCUGGCAAAACAAGAAAGGAGAACAAGUUUUCGGCAAGAAAUCUUAACAAAGGGCUGCAGACCACCAGGCUGGGGACGUACAUCGAGGACCGGGUCAACAAGUACUUGAAAAGGCAGAACCACCCAGAGGCUGGUGAGGUGUUUGUGCGAGUUGUGGCCAGCUCUGACAAAACUGUGGAGAUAAAGCCUGGCAUGAAGUCCAGGUUUGUGGACUCAGGCGAGAUGGUGGAGACCUUCCCUUACAGAACCAAAGCACUUUUUGCAUUUGAGGAAAUCGACGGGGUGGACGUUUGUUUCUUCGGCAUGCACGUCCAGGAGUACGGCUCAGAGUGCCCCUUUCCAAAUACCAGACGGGUUUACAUAUCAUACCUCGACAGUAUUCACUUCUUCAGACCACGCGUGCUAAGGACUGCAGUGUACCAUGAGAUCCUAAUAGGCUACCUGGAGUAUGUGAAGAAACUGGGGUAUGUGAUGGGUCACAUCUGGGCCUGCCCACCCAGUGAAGGAGACGACUACAUUUUUCACUGCCACCCUCCUGACCAGAAGAUCCCCAAGCCCAAGAGGCUCCAAGAGUGGUACAGAAAGAUGCUGGACAAGGCUUUCGCUGAGAGGAUCCUCCAUGAUUACAAGGACAUUUUCAAACAGGCAACAGAAGACCGGCUGACCAGUGCCAACGAGCUGCCGUACUUUGAGGGCGACUUUUGGCCUAAUGUGCUGGAGGAGAGCAUCAAGGAGCUGGAGCAAGAGGAGGAAGAGAGAAAGAAGGAGGAGAACACGGCCUCCUCCGAGACGACAGAAGGGGCCCAAGCUGACAGCAAAAAUGCCAAAAAGAAGAAUAACAAGAAAACCAACAAAAACAAGAGCAGCGUCAGCCGAGCCAAUAAGAAGAAGCCUGGGAUGCCGAAUGUAGCCAAUGACCUGUCCCAGAAGCUCUACGCCACGAUGGAGAAGCAUAAGGAGGUGUUUUUUGUUAUCCACCUCCAUGCCGGACCCGUCAUUAACACCCUACCACCCAUUAUGGACCCCGACCCUCUGUUGACCUGUGACCUGAUGGACGGGCGUGAUGCCUUUCUGACUUUGGCCAGGGACAAGCACUGGGAGUUCAGCUCACUGCGAAGAUGCAAAUGGAGCACGAUGUGUAUGUUGGUAGAACUGCACAACCAAGGCCAGGACCGCUUUGUGUACACGUGCAACGAGUGCAAGCACCAUGUGGAGACUCGCUGGCACUGCACCGUCUGCGAGGACUACGACCUAUGCAUCAACUGCUACAACUCCAAGGGCCACGAGCACCAGAUGGUUAAGUGGGGCUUGGGUCUAGACGAUGACAGCAACAGUCAGGGUGGAGAGGCCUCAAAGAGCCCUCAGGAGAGCCGUCGCCUCAGCAUCCAGCGCUGCAUCCAGUCCCUGGUCCAUGCCUGCCAGUGCCGCAACGCCAACUGCUCUCUUCCUUCAUGCCAGAAGAUGAAGAGGGUGGUUCAACACACCAAAGGCUGCAAGCGCAAGACCAACGGUGGCUGCCCUGUGUGCAAGCAGCUCAUCGCUUUAUGUUGUUAUCACGCCAAGCACUGUCAGGAGAACAAGUGUCCGGUUCCCUUCUGUCUCAACAUCAAGCACAAACUCCGUCAGCAGCAGCUUCAGCACCGGCUCCAGCAGGCUCAAAUGAUGCGCCGCAGAAUGGCCACCAUGGCUGGAAGGGGCAUGCCCAUGCCAUCUCCACCUACCUCAGCUGCCCCCGACUCUGCCCCCAACUCUGUGCAGCAGCCUAACACACCCCAGACCCCCCAGCCCAUGCCCAACCAGCCCCAGCAACAGCAGCCACCAAACCCUGCCAACAUCGCCCAAGGCUUCCCCAACAAUGGCCGCAGCAGCCAGCCCCCGACCCCAGUGCCACAGGGCAAACCAGGUCCUCAGUCAUCCCCUCUUCAUCAGCAGCAGUCACCUCUGCCUAACAUGCCCCACCAACAGCAGCCUCAGCCUCAGCCACCACAGCAGCAGCAGCAGCAGCAACAACAGCAGCAACAGCAGCAGCAGCCACUGCUGGCAGCCCUGAAGGUGGCCAAACAGAUCGAGAUGGUAGCCAAGGCGAAGCAACAGCAGCAGCAGCAACAGCAGCAGAAUUAUGCCAUGAAUGGGAUGCCCAUGAACCACCCACGAAUGAUGGGACCCAUGCAGGGUCAGAUGCAGAUGAUGCAGGGGCCACGGGGCCCCCAGGUGAUGCAGGCCAUGCAGCAGGGCCAGUGGGGUCCAGGGAUGCAGAAUCCCAUGCAGAAUCCCCAGGGCCAUCCGCCGCAGGUCCCUCCCCAACAAGGCCCCAUGGCCCCUCAGCAGGCUCAGGGAACCCCCAUGCUCCAGCAGGGCCAGCUCAUGCAGAGGCCCAUGAUGCCCCAGCAGCAGGGUCUCCAAAUGCCUGGGGUCAUGCCUCCCCAGGGGCCCUCGCAGCAAGGCAUGACUCCGCAGCAGCAAAACAUGCCACGGGGAAUACCUGGCAACAUCGCUCCGAGCGCGCUGCAGGAAUUGCUGCGCACCCUCAAAUCUCCCAGCUCCCCACAGCAGCAGCAGCAGGUACUCAACAUCCUCAAGUCCAACCCCCACCUCAUGGCCGCUUUCAUUAAACAGAGGACAGCCAAGUAUCAGGCGACGCAGCCGCAGCAACAGCAGGGGCAGCAGCAGAACCCUCAGGCCAUGCUGGGCUCCCAGGCAGGGAUGCAGGCCAUGGCCGCCAUGGCGAACCAGGUGCAGAGGCCGGUGAUGGCGCCUCAGCAGCAGCCUCCUCAGCAGGCAGGGCCCCAGGGCAUGGCAACCAUGGGCCCCCAAGGCCAGAUGAUGAAUGCCGCUCAAAACGGCAAUCCCCAACUGUACCGCAGGCAGCAGAUGCUCAGGUUGCAGCAGAUGCAGCAGCAGCAGGCGCAGCAGCAGCAGGCGCAGCAGCAGCAGCAGGGGGGGAUGCCUCAGGGCCACGGGCAGUUCCAACAGCAGCAGCCAGCGAGCUACUCCCAGCUCCGUAUGCAGCAGCAAAUGGCUAUGCAAGGAGGUGGCGGGCCCAUGGGACAGCUCCCUCCCACAUCUCAAAUGGGUCAACCUGGCAUGGGCAUGGACGGGCCCCAGAACCUCCUCCAGCAGCGCAUGCUCCAGCAGCAACAGCAGCAGCAGAUGUUAAAGCAGCAGAUGGGUUCUCCAGCGCAGGCUAACUCCAUGAGUCCACAACCUCACAUGCUCCAAGGCCAAGCCCAGGGAGGAGCUCACUUACCUGGGCAGACAAUGGCAAACACCCUGGGGAACCAAGUGCGCUCCCCAGCACCAGUGCAAUCGCCCCGUCCGCCUUCGCAGCAGCCCCCGCAUUCCAGUCCCUCCCCGCGGAUACAGCCCCAGCCCUCACCUCAGCAUGGCGCCCUCCACUCCAGCUCCCCCCACCCCAGCCUUGGAGGCCCAAUGUCAGGCCCCAUGGACCAGGGACACAUGGGAACACCGGAGCAGAGCGCCAUGCUCCCGCAACUUAACACACCAAACAGAGGGGGGUUGAGUAAUGACAUGGGUAUGGUGGGUGACACGACGGGAGACACGCUGGAGAAGUUUGUUGAAGGAUUGUAGCAUUUUGGGACAGAAGAAAGGCCUUGUUCUGUUUUCAGCGGAGACAUUUUUGUACUUGUUGAUGUAAAAAGCUAAAAGAAAUACAAACAAAUGAGACAUACGAGGCCUACAGACUGUGAACUUUCCUUAAUCCAAGGGACUGCUUUUUCUUCCAACACAGAGAGUGAUUUAAUAAUUGCUGUUAAAAAAAAAGAAGACAACAAAGACACAAAGAAUAUAUUUUUGGUUCAGACCAGCCAUGCAAGAAUUUGCCCUGGUCUUUGUGUUGUUUUAAUUUGUUUUUCAUUUGUUAUGCUCUGGUAUUGACUUUUUUAACAAAACUUCUCAAAACAAAAAAUAUUUCAUUUUAUUAUUCUUUUUUUUUUAUUUUGUACCUUUUCAAAUUAAUAUCGUAUUUGUGUUGAGAAGACUGUAAAAUUAUUUGUCUGGGAAUUUUUUGCCAGGUUUCACCUCUUGUUCAGUUUCUCUGUUCCUGGCUAAUUUAUUCUAAUAUGCCAUUUUUCAAAAGGACUGCCUUUGGGAAAGCCUUAAUUUCUUUCCUGUUUGCAGAGUCUAUGGGAGAUAAACGUAUUUGUAUAGAUUUAGGAACUAUUGCACACACCCAAACACAAAAAGGCAGGUGUAAGAGAAACCUGCAUCGAAGCUUGUUAAUGUUCACAGGUGCCGGAAUGUUCUUUUUACUGGCAUUGGCCCAGUAUUUGUCUUGCAAAUGUUUAAAAAAAAAUGCUUUGUCUCUCCCUCAGUCAAAAGAAAUUCUCAUCAAGUCCUGAACCUCUUUUGCCUGGGGUGGGAAAAUAACUUGUUUGACUGCUGAUUUGUGUUCAGAGAGAGUUUUGUGCAUCAUUUUCUCUCUUGCAUUAAACUUGAAUUGAUGAUGAACUGUUCUCUAAUGUAAAUCAUGCAGCUAGACAGUACUGUAAAUAUGCAGAAAAUAAGAAUAAGAUCACUGUACAAACUGGUUCAAAUGGCUCAUUUCGUACUUAUAUACCAUAUUGUUAAAUAAACCUGUGUGCCACA